UGUAUGAAGAAGCCUGAUAGCCCUAUUACGUAACUGCCCGCUGAUCAGCUGAGAAGUUUUACCAGCUUGAAGCUCGUGCGCCUUACCACCUUCAGCCUGUGCGACCCAGUCUAUGCACAUUUCCCUCUCUCAAUUUUCGUAGCCUCUGUAUACUUAUGGGUCUAACUAUGACUUCGCCUGAGGUCUUCACAAGCAACUUAGAAGAGGCGGAGGAGCUAGCCCAGUUGUUGAGUGAGGCCAUCAGCUGUGGUGACAAAGAGGAAGCCAAGAGGUGUUCAGAGCAGCUGGCAGAGUUGUGUGUACCAGUAUCUGUCAGGAUCUCCCACAAUGCUUACUCCCAACACUCUAUUCGGUUGAAGGUGGGAGUCGGGGAUGCACAGUCAGAAAAUUAUGUUCCUGUUACUUUGUUGGUAACACUCAACAUGACCAUUUCAGAUCUUAAAGAAAAGAUCAAUACUGACUAUGGAUUUCAUCCAUCUCUGCAAAGCUGGGUGAUCGGGAAGCGUCUGGCCCAGGACUCUAACACUCUGUACAGCCAUGGGGUAAGGAAGAAUGGAGACCAGGCCUACCUGUACAUCAAGUCUGCCCAGGCUGCCAACCUCAGCCGGGAACAAGUGAACCAGGAGGAGGAGCACCGUCGGCUAGACAGUAUCAUCGAGUCAUUGAGUCCUCUACUAGCCAGAGGAGCAACUGGACCAACUCCACCUCCCAAAACUAAACACCCAGCCUCUCCUCCUCCACCACCAAAGCUUCAAGUGGGAUGGUCAUGCUCUGUGUGCACCUAUGCUAACAAGCCAACGCGACCGGGCUGUGAGAUGUGUGGGUCUGAAAGACCAGAAGAUUAUAAAGUACCUGAGGUUUACCAGCCUGAUGAGCAGGAGGUCCAGAGACUCCAGCUAGAGGAGAUGGCCAAUCUACAGUACCAGCAGGCAUUGGCGGAAGAGCGGGAGAGGAAUUUCCUGAGUCUGGUGGAAACAGACGCCCACAGCCUCGUCCCCAACACAGAGGAGCUGGACUGUCCUAUUUGCUACUGCUCCAUUCCGCCAGGGGAGGGAGCCACACUGCGGGAGUGCCUCCAUGUUUUCUGCAGGGAAUGUCUUAAAGGAACCAUCGUGAACAGCAUGGAUCCAGAGGUGGCCUGCCCUUAUGGGGACGAAGACUACAGCUGUGAUAGAAAGCUGCAGGACAGGGAGAUCAAAUCUCUUCUCUCUCAGGAGGAGCACCAGAAGUUUCUAGAGCUGAGGCUCAGUAUUGCUGAGACGCGGAGUGAGAACAGCUACCACUGCAAAACCCCAGACUGCGCUGGCUGGUGCAUCUUUGAGGAUGAAGUCAAUGAGUUUAUUUGUGAGCUCUGCAAAGAGACCAACUGCCUCCUCUGCAAGGCCAUCCACAAAGAUAUGAACUGCAAGGAGUAUCAAGAUGAUCUCCGGAUCAGAGCUGAGAACGACGUGGCUGCCAAACAGACCACACAGAUGCUGGAGUCCUUACUGCAGAACGGGGAGGCCAUGCACUGUCCUAAGUGUAAGGUCAUAGUUCAGAAGAAGGACGGUUGUGAUUGGAUCUGCUGCCUGAUGUGUAAGACGGAGAUCUGCUGGGUCACCAAGCAGGCUCGCUGGGGACCAAACGGUUCUGGGGACAACUCAGGAGGCUGUGGAUGUCGAGUCCAUGGGGCGCGUUGCCACCCUAACUGCCAGAACUGCCACUGAGGGGCCCCACUCCAUCUCAACAUGGUGCUGGAUGGGUAGUCCAUAUGGGGACACACUCCUGUGUCCUGUGAGGCCAGGAGACAAUUUUUCACUCCUCAGUAAUGGUUCAAUCCUAACCUGGACUUUGAAAAAAGAAUGCACUGAUGUCAAGGGGUGAUUUGUGUAAAAACUUUAGUUCUGCACAUGGAUCUUAAGUUAUUCGGUCCUUUGUGAAGACACUGGCUGGUCUUACUUCCAAAAAGGCACUUUAUAUUAUUUUUCUGUUGAAACUUUGAACACCAUUGGGGGUGAUUCCAGAUAUGAGAAUUAAAAAUGAUCCCUGGGCAGUGUUUAAUUGAUGGUUCAAUUGACAUUGGUAUAUCACACAUUUUAUUACCUAGUUAGAAGAUUUAUAUCAAUAUUUUGCUCUAUACAUGCAGGACAAUGUUUUAAUAUUAUGUUAGAGGCGUAUCACCACCUAUAUCUGACAGGAUACUCCAUUUAAACAAAACAAGGUUGUGAUAAAUUCAAGAUGCUUGUUGUUUUCUUUGAGAUGCAUGUUUCUGUUUUUGUUAAAUGGCAAGAGUCUUGGACACUGGAAGAAUAUUGAAUAUAGUCUUUCAUGUAGAAAAUAAAUAUCAUAAUGUCGGCUAAUUGUUUAACUUCUCAUCAGCAGUAAACUGAGACAGGUCUCCAUGAGGUGCUAGUCAUGACCUUAAAAGCAUUAACACUAGAGAUACUGUAAAACAGAUACAUAUUGUAACCUUCUAAUGGGGAUAACUAUUUACUUUCCUUUGGACUGAGCAUGUACAACUAAUGAAGGGAUAGUUAAUAUAUUAAUUGGUUCUGUUAGAUUUAAGUUAUCCAAGGCUGUAAUGAACAAUGAGAAUUCUUCUGUAGUUUGGUUUGACCACUCCUCCAGCCUUAUUGGAAGUGGUUUUAACAACACUCAGCAGAAGCCAUCCAUACUUUUGUGUCAUUGAUGACUACAACUAAACCGAUCUGUUCAGCGUAGCCAAUUUCUUGUUUUAACAUUGCAUACAGUGCAGUAUAAUGCAAGUCUUAGCUACAUUCAUUAGCUACUUCUUUGAAGGAUGAUACCAUUGCAGGGCACAAUUACUAUUUUGUUUGGCGAAUGUAAAGCAUUAUUUACUUUGGGGAAAAAGAGCACAACUUUUCUUGAUGAAUGAUCCAGAAUAAAGGGAUUUUUAACUUUUA